AAUGAAUACACCCCAAUUUUAAAAUUAAGAAUAUUGGUGGGAAAAGGAUGAAUGAUUGAUUGAAGCUUGAGAAUGAGUUUACUUUCUAGUACGAGUUUUCUUGGAUUGAGAUGGGAUCAGCUAAAGCAACAUACACGGCAGCUUAUCGUUUACUCAGACGCUCUUCGAGAAACCUAUUUGAUCGUCGAGCGGAUUCUAAAUUCUUCCCACCAAUUCGUUCCUCCGCUCCAGGUCUCAAUGAUAACUCUAUUCCAACUCGUGAGUUGUCCGAACAGGAUGUUUACUAUCACAAAACAAUUGUUUCAAUGCGAAGUAACUCAAUAAGAGGUUUUAGAAUUGGUAUCCCCAAUUCCUGCCCAGAAGUUCGUGGUCUUGCUUCUCAAUUUAAUUACAGAGGUCAUGCUUCCAUGGCGUCAACACCCGCUCGAAAUCAGUCAUUUUCCGCGAUUAGUUGUGAUGAUAUAAACUACUUUAAGAAGAUUUUGGGCGAGAAAGGUGUGGUUCAGGAAGAGGCAAAGCUGGAUGAUGCAAACACGGAUUGGAUGCGAAAGUUCAAGGGCUCAAGCAAGCUUAUGUUACAACCAAGAAGCACCCAAGAGGUUGAUAUGUCAGUGGGUCCAUACGUCCUUACAGAAGCUGAGAGGCGUGAUCCUUGUGGCAAUGUUUCUCAGAUACUUACUUACUGUAAUUCCAGAUGCCUGGCUGUUGUACCACAAGGUGGAAAUACAGGUCUUGUUGGAGGGAGUGUCCCUGUGUUUGAUGAGGUGAUUAUCAACUUAAGCUUUAUGAAUGAAAUCAUAUCCUUCGACAAGGCUAGUGGUAUACUGGUGCUAAAGGAAGCUGUCAAAUUGGGGGCAAUGUCUCAACUAAUGCUGGGGGCUUACGCCUUAUCCGUUACGGUUCACUUCAUGGAAGUGUUCUUGUUGACUCCACUUUUAUCUGUCAUUUCAGGUCUUGAAGUUGUUUUAGCAAAUGGUAAUGUGCUUGAUAUUCUUGGGACCUUACGCAAAGACAACACAGGAUAUGACUUGAAGCAUUUGUUUAUUGGGAGUGAGGGGUCUUUGGGAAUUGUAACAAAGGUUUCCAUACUCACCCCUCCUAAAUUGCCUUCAAUAAAUCUAGCUUUCCUUGCUUGUGAAGAUUAUACCAGCUGUCAGGUUUUGAAGCAUUUAGACGGCCUACGUGAUCCAUUGCCCUCCUCGAGGCAUAACUUCUACGUUCUGAUUGAGACCACAGGCAGCAUGGAAUCUCAUGACAAGUAACCUUCUUUGUGUUUGCUAUUAAUCAUCGUUUAUGUUUUUAAAUAUUUGAUGAUUUAUCUUGUGCAUUCUUUUGCAAUUUUUGCAAUCACGGAAAGAGUUGGAUUUGCCGAUUUGUUCUGAUUUGAGUCAUGGAUAUAUAUUGUUUGGACCAAAAUCAUUGGUGUUGAGAGUUGUAAAUAGUUAAAGGAUAGAAAUGUUGCUAGAUGAUUCACGGUAUGUACAGUUUGUCUCGGCCAACCUCACUUUUCUUAUGCCAGCAGAUGGCUUUUUCCCACCUUUUCUUCCCUUCAUCUGCCUUCUUAAAAUUUUGAUGGCCCACGAUAACAAUCAACGUAAUUAUAAUAGAAUAGCCAAUUAUUAUUAUUAAUUAUAUUUAUUGGUGGUCCUCAAUUCGGUGAUAAUGAUUCCAUUCACGAUGGCGCACCAAAUAGCAUAUAAGAAUGCUAACUUUACUUUGUUAUUGAUGAUAAAUUUUUUCUCAAUAUCCCCACCAUCUGUUCCUGAACGACUAGGGAGAAGCUCGAGUCAUUCCUUCUUCAGUGUAUGGAAAGUGGAUUGUUGAAGGAUGGAGUUAUAGCACAAGAUGUAAAUCAAGCAUCGUCAUUUUGGCGAAUACGCGAGGGAAUAUCUGAAGCUUUACUGAAAGCAGGUGCUGUAUAUAAAUAUGACUUGUCUCUGCCUCCAGAAAAGAUGUAUGAUCUUGUUGAGGAAAUACGUGGGCAACUUGGUAAUGAAGCAAAUGUAGUGGCUUAUGGUCACCUUGGAGAUGGCAACUUGCAUCUCAAUAUUUCAGCUCAACAAUACGAUGACAAUUUAUUAUCGAAAAUCGAACCAUUUGUGUACGAGUGGACAUCUAAGCAGAGGGGGAGCAUUAGUGCCGAACAUGGUCUUGGACUGGUGAAAGCGGAUAAAAUUCAUUACAGUAAGUCUGCUGAAACGGUGCAAGUAAUGGCUGCCAUAAAGAAGCUACUCGAUCCUAACGGCAUACUCAACCCGUACAAAGUUCUUCCAGGUUCAAUAUUAUCACAAAGUUGAGGUUAUCACACAAAAGAAGCUUGAUUCGUGUGGCACAAUUGACGACCUGAAUAUGGCAAGUCAUAUCUGAACUGACUAAUAGUCCAUUCAUUUCCUGGUCUGUUGCGAGGCCAUUUGUUGUUGUAUACAGUUUUCUAUUAACUUGAAGUCUUCUCCUAAAAUAAGAGACACAAUCACAAGCAGAAAUAAAAGCACAUAAGUUCCAUUGCUUCACACAUCAAAACCUUAAAAGAAUACUAGUAGAGUACAACAGUGUGUUACACGAGUGCUAAUAAAAAAAUUAUACACUUAUAUUGAUUGAGA